CGCGGCGACGAGCAGAGAGGAAGGCGGGUCUGAGAGCUGCAGAAGCCAGGAGCCCAGAAAGCAAAAUGGGUGAAUUGCCCUUAAAUAUCAACAUCCAAGAACCUCGCUGGGACCAAAGCACUUUCCGGGGCAGAGCUCGGCACUUCUUCACUGUUACUGAUCCCCGAAAUCUGCUGCUGUCUGGGGUACAGCUGGAAGCUUCCCGGAACAUCGUGCAGAACUACAGGGCCGGCGUGGUGGCCCCAGGGCUCACUGAGGACCAGCUGUGGAGGGCCAAGUAUGUGUACGACUCUGCUUUCCAUCCAGACACCGGAGAGAAGGUGGUCCUGAUUGGCCGCAUGUCAGCCCAGGUGCCCAUGAACAUGACCAUCACCGGUUGCAUGCUCACCUUCUACAAGAAGACCCCAACUGUGGUGUUCUGGCAGUGGGUGAAUCAGUCCUUCAAUGCUGUCGUUAACUACUCCAACCGCAGUGGCGAUGCGCCCAUCACUGUGGGACAACUGGGAACAGCCUAUGUGAGUGCCACCACCGGGGCUGUGGCCACAGCUUUGGGACUCAAAUCCCUCACCAAGCACCUGCCGCCCUUGGUUGGCAGAUUCGUGCCCUUUGCAGCUGUGGCAGCUGCCAACUGCAUCAACAUCCCCCUGAUGAGGCAGAGGGAGCUGAAGGUGGGCAUCCCAGUGACUGAUGAGGCAGGUCAGAGGCUUGGCCACUCGGUGACCGCAGCCAAGCAGGGCAUCUUCCAGGUGGUGAUAUCAAGAAUCUGCAUGGCGAUUCCUGCCAUGGCCAUUCCCCCAGUGAUCAUGGACAUUCUGGAAAAGAAAGACUUCCUGAAGCGCCGCCCCUGGCUGGGGGCACCCCUGCAGGUGGGACUGGUGGGUUUCUGCCUGGUAUUUGCCACCCCACUGUGCUGUGCCCUAUUCCCCCAGAGGAGCUCCAUAUAUGUGAGCAGGCUGGAGCCAGAGCUGAGAGCUCAAAUCCAUGAGCAAAACCCCAGCAUCGAAGUGGUGUACUACAACAAGGGGCUUUGAGGGAAGAUCAGCCAGUCCCCUCCCUCACCUUUCUGCUUUGGUGGAGCCUUGCCAUCCCUGCUACUUGCCCAUUUGCCUGGCACUGGGCAGGGGGCUUGGUGGGAAAGCAGCCAUAGAGACCAGCAAUCCAUUAGGCUGGGGGAGGUACCCCCAUAAGCCUUUUUCUCUCCUCCCUGGUUUCAGAGAGUAGGGUCACAUACCCCUCCCUCCUGUGCUUGUGUGUCUGCACAUAUACAUACAUAAUACAUGCAUGUAUGUGAGCAUUUGGUCCUGAGAGCUAGGAGCAGACAUGCUGUCCUGGGAUAUUCUGAUAUCCAGCUUCCCGCCCACCUGCCAGCUAGCCAGGGUACAGGUGUGACUUCCUUCCCUAAACCAUUCCACUAGUCAUAUCUGACAGCACCUCACCCCUUCUGGACAUAGGAGGAGCCCCAGGAUCUCAGGAUAGAGACUGAGAGACACUAACAGGCCAGACUGGGGUGAAUCCUUCAGGUUUCUGACACCUGGCUCCCAAAGCUGACUCGGGAACUGGGCUGGCAGAGGAAGACAUGUUGGGAUAAAGGAGGCAGGGGGCUCAUGCAUCUCUCAGUGCCACCAGCACAUCCUGGAGUAGCUCCAUUUCCUCUCGUCUACCAGAGCAAAGGAGUGCCAAUAUCCUGUGCUGACCUUGCCGUCUCCCUCACCUCCCCCACAUUGCAAUGUGGGCAUCUUUAGGCACCAUCUUAGGAGUUCUUGGUCUACUCUGACCUUACAACCUCAAACUAAAUCCCACAAUCCCAAUCCCCUCCCCCAACCAAAAAGCCACAAAGGCAGACAAAGCAUUCCCCUUUAAGAGCUCCCACCGCACCCUCUCACAGAGGGACACUGCUGUGGGGAUGGUGCUUAAACUUCACAGGUAUCUCAGUGGGUGUAACUAGGACACCCUGAAGGGCAGCUAGGCCUGGAGUGUACAAUCUUCAGACAGGGAAUUUGGUUGUUCCAUUGACCCUAUUAGACGUUCAGCAAAACCCCCACCUUAGUUCCCCUGUUUUUGCUUUGUUUUUUGUGGCUGGCUGGUACAGAGAUCGAACCCUGGACCUUAGUGUUAUCCACACCACGCUCUAACCAACUGAGCUAACCAGCUAGCCCUACACCUUCUCUUUCUUGAGGCUUGGUCCUGCCCCUACCUCCGCCUCCAAUUCCAAGAAGAGGAAGGGGCCAGGCAUCAAUGGCUGGUCCAAAUGGAAGAUGGACUUGGGCGUGGACUGGGCAGUGGUACAUUCACAGAGUGUAGAGUUAGACCUUGACUCUAACUCCCAUGACAUCUGGUUGAAGCAGUGGGUGGGACAGAUGCAAGGGCCCCAGUGGGAUCCUCCGAGACCACUUCCCUGCUCCCCCCAAUC